UCGAGCUGAAAUUAGUGCAGAGAUUGCUAAUGGCCCCUGAUGAAAGAAUAUGAAUUGAAAUUGGUACCAUUUUUAUGUGGAGGGACCUUUAAGGGGGUGACCCAUAUCGAUUUUCAAAAAUUGUAUUAAAAAGAUGAAAUUAGACACUCGUAGAAGACUGAAAUUUGGCACGACCCCGUGGGGGUAGACCAGAUUGAAAAAUAUGAACUAAAUAUUAAGAUUUUUUCCACAGAGAUUUAACAAGGUGACCCACGCUGCUUUUUAUAUUGGUAGAAUAAAAAUAAAAUUCGGUAUCAUGGGUAAGGGCACAUCAGACUAAAGAAUAUGAAUAAUGUUCAUAUUCAUCGAAUAUGAAUAUUUUUGUGGGCCCAGCCCAGAAGACUGAGACCCGUACUGGUUUUAAAAUUGGUCAAGGAGCUGAAAUUUUGCAUGCUGGAUUGUGGGAACAUUUUUGCCGAUUACGAAUAGUAGUUGGUGCAGGUCGUCUGACUAAAGUUUAGAAGCUGACACUGACCCUGACUCGGGCUAAACAAACGCUGCACACUGGGAUUUCAAAUUUAAUUUUCGAAAUAGUACCCUCGAGAUUUUGAUCUUAAAAAAUCAAGCUAAAAAUUACGAUGAUUUCAUCUUAACGAAUUAAAUCUCUAUGUCUGCCCAUUCAAAAGUUAUUAAAGGUCAAAGUCGUUGGUACACACGACCAUGGGACGUGUACCAACGAUUUAAAAAAUAAUUAUUUUAUUUGUAACUCCACCAUUUGUCGCAACCGUUAAAAGACACAAGAGUUACCUAGAUACUAAAUGUCAAGCAAUCGUGGCAAGAAAUACAUAUAAAUCAUCUUUGCUCCGAGUGCAUGAAAGUAAAAUUACUUAGCUGCAUUGUAUAAAACUAAAUUGAACCCUCAAAUUAAACUUACAUAAUAACGCCAGUCAACAAAUUUGGCAAGCUAGAAGAGACGGAAAAAGUGGAGAAAGUACCUGCCUGACAUACCGGCGAAAUCGUGUUUUUGUGGUGGUGGUUUUCUUCCGGAGAUUUUAGAGUAAAAAAGUAAACACAUGGUUUCUAGUCGCAAGCAGCAGAAAGUAAAACAUAAAAACUAUUAUGGAUUCCGGUGUCUAUUGAAAUCAGAAUGUUAUAGACGAUAAGAACGUUGAAAGUCACAAGUGCUGUUGCUGUUAGUGUCAACAAUAUACGACAAUCGAAAGGAAGCAGAGGACAAAGUAAUGCUGAAACAGCUACCCAAAGAGUUGAGGGAUAAGGUACGGUCAGGAUGUACAAUUGUCACGGUGGCGCAGUGUGUGGAGGAGUUGGUAUUCAACUCUAUCGACGCAGGAGCUACCAAAAUGUAUGUAGAAAUAAACAUGAAAACUUUCAAAGUCGAGGUGGAAGACGAUGGUUGCGGCUUAUCUAAAACAGAUUUAGAGUUGGUUGGAAAACGGUAUGUGACCAGCAAAUUGACAAGGCUAGAAGACUUGCAACGUAUCAAAGACUAUGGAUAUCGAGGAGAAGCCUUAGCCAGCAUAAUAUCAGUAUCAAAAUCUGUAAAACUUACCACUCGACCACGACGCAGUGAUGUUGCAUACAUACGCUGGUUUCGACAUGGUCAAUCAUCCGACAUUAGGAUUGAGGAGGUAAAAAAUUCAACCAAACCUCCACCAGGAUUUGCAAUCACUGUUGAAGGUCUCUUGGAAACGCAACCCGUACGACAAAAACGACUUGACAGGUCCUUCCAGUUGGAAGAUGUACGAACUACGUUGGAACACAUCGCUUUAAUCAAUCCUAAUAUCAGUAUUGAAUUAAGAAAUGAGUCCAGCAUAUCACCCCUUUGGACCUACACUCCUUGUUUUUCGUAUGGGGAUGCAUUUGACAAGUUAUACUCUACAAAGAAGAUGGACAGCUUCAGUUUCGUCACUGAGAACCAUCUACAAGAUGGAUUAAUGUUUACAGCCACCCUUGGACGCCAAAUGUAUAGGCAAAAGUGUUACCAAUUUGUCUUUGUUAAUCGAAGAUGUGUCGAAAGGCGUAUGAAAAUUCAUAAAACGAUGAACGACUUGUUAACGCAAGUGUUGACCAGCAGUGACUCUCAGAAGGACAAGUCGUCGGAUAAAUCAUCAUCAUUUCCAGUAUUUAUUCUAAAUAUAUCGUGCUGCUUGGACAAAUACUAUCCACAAAGGGAUUCAAAAUUUGGGGUAUCGUUUUGGGAUUGGGAAUCAUGUCUGAAAGGAGUUGGAGGAUUAGUUCUCAAGUUUCAAAGUAGGGAAUUUCCAUUAUCCAACCCUGUCGAUGUAAGCCUUCCUCUAUCAUUAAGGAAGGAUAUUCAAGCUAGUCAACGGAAAAGUUAUACAAAUAAUAAGAAAGCUGUGAUUACAAAAAAUACAACGUUUUGUGAGAAAUCUUUUGGACACCACGACAUUACUACUCACGACGUCAAAAAUGUUGUUCAUUCCAAACGUGUGUUUCGUGAAGAGUCACAAGAAACUUGUUCCCAGGAGGAUUCCAUAAAUUCUAAUGAUGAUGAUGAUGACAGUCAACCCCGUAAUCUGAAAUUAGGAUCAAAUAAAGACCUGGUGAACAGCGAUGAAAUUAUGAGUACGACCUAUUCUGACUUGGUUGAUUCCCCAAGUAAGUUUUAUGAUCAGAAAGUGCUGCCUCCACUACCACGCAAGAAAUCUACCGCAAAGCACGUUGUUUAUACCGUUCGCCGGUCACCACGGACAGGUCGGGGAAAACAACUUCCCACCAAUGGAGCCCCAAGAAAAGAUAUUGUGGUUCCAAGAAUACCACAGCCACCAAUUAAAUCAAUUCUUAAUAAAGAUGUAUUUAGCAAGCUUCCUCAAUGGGAAAACAAAAUCGAAUCACAAAAUAAUGCUAUCAAAAGAAAAAUUGGUGUGGAUCGAGUGGGUACCACUAGUCGCCUCCCUGCAAAAAGACCAAAGUAUUCCAAUCUUAAAAUCGAACCUCGUGCGGCGGUCAAUAAAGUCCCCAACUUUGCGUGUAAAGAUAUUAACCUAUCAGCUGCCCACAGUUUACUUCCAACUAGACGGACAUUGCCAGAUGAUUACCAAUUUGAUGACAACGAGAUAAGCGGUAUAGACUGGAAACUUAAGAGAUUCAUAUCCGAUUCUCGUAAUUCUAAUUUAAGUCAUGAUGACGACGGUGUGGAAUACCUCGCUAAAGAGGAUGAGGUGGAAGACUCGGAGUAUAACUCGGGGGAUUCAAGUUCAAGAACUCCACCAUCGAAGCCCAAAGUUGAAGUAGCUGAAACGUCACUGGCUUCGCUUUCUCUCGGACCUGAGAAAUCCACAACAUCUUCAAGAAAACCAGAAAAGCUUAAAAAUCUAAAGAAGUACGCCCUGUUACAGACACCACACGAUAGUGACAAUUCUGAGGACGUUGACAUGUUUGGAAAAUUAGUUGUCCAAUCUGCAGACGAGUUCGUUGUCUCCAAAGGACUAUCCAUCAUGAAUAAUAUUGAGAAGGUGCUUGACAGUGACUUUUUAAGCCCUCUUGAAAUGGACGAACAGAAUCCUAUUGUCGAACAAGUGGAGGAGAAGGUUAAGAACCAGCAGGAGGACAAUAAUAGUGAGUGGGAUGUUUGGGAGGUUGAUGUUAUUUCAAAUCCAACUGGGAGUGGCCAUGAUUGGUUAAAAGUCGUUGACGGAGGACAAACUAUGUUUAUCAACUUAUCGAAUGGAGAUUUGAGUUAUGAUAUGGUGAAUGUCGUCAAGUUGAAUCGAGGAACCAACACAGGUCUAACUACUCACAAUUGGUUACGCCAUUAUUUUCCAAAGGGUUAUGAUCAACUUUGGAAACGUGAUGCAUCCGUUAAGCCACAAAUAAACGGAAAUAUAGCUGCGUCAACAAACUAUUUAAGUGAGGAAGUUAAAGAGUGUAUUGUUAAAAGCACAGAAGACCCUGCUGAAGUUUUUGAUAAAUGGAGACCUGACGCAAUAAGCAAUUGCAAUUCUCAACCUCCUAUGGACACGUCCGAGUACUUUCCUACUACUACUACAGUUUCAGAAAUACCUCCCCAGACAAAUUUCGCUGGGAAGUUGGAAACUAAAUUAUAUAACACCAAAAUAAUGAAAUAUAUGAAAUUCAAAAAAGAUGAUUUGCGAAAUAUCAAGGUGAUUUCUCAGUGGGAUAGAAAAUUUAUAGUCGCCAAACUUACAAUAAACGAGUUCGAUGCGAAUAAUGAUGGUAUCAAAGGAUUGAACGAAGUAUUGGUAUUACUCGAUCAACAUGCAGUUCACGAAAGAAUUCGACUAGAAAGAUUGAUCAGUGAAUUGUACGAGACUGACAAAGAAAGUGGACAAAAAAAGUUUAUUGGAGUUCGGAUUGAGCCUCCAUUCAAGUUAAAUGUGUCGGAACACGAAACACGGAUCCUGGAUAGCUUCAAUGAAUCCUUCAAGAGAAUUGCACUCGAUAUACAGAUUAUCAAUAGCACUUGUGUGAAUAUUCGCUCUGCUCCAGUGUGCAUAUUAAAAAAGGCUAUGAUGGAGUCAACCUCUCUAGGCCACACAACAUCAUUAAAAAAUAUGCUGAGAGAAUUAAUCCAAGAAGAAGUUGGGAAAAUGAUGGAUACAAAAAUAACUUCGGUCGAUGCCAUCCCCAAAACCAUUUUCAGAGUUUUAAGCUCUCAAGCAUGUCAUGGUGCUAUCAAAUUUGGCGAUGAUUUGGAGUUGGCUGUCUGUGAAUCCAUGAUUUCGUCCUUGCAAAAUUGUCGAAUGCCAUUUCAGUGUGCUCAUGGACGUCCGUCUAUGGUUCCACUGAUGGACCUUUCAUCGUUUGUUCACAAGAGUUUUGGCAGUUCGAGAAGCAGGAUUUACAAUCACGCUUUUGAUGAAUACCCACAAUACCAAUCCACGGAUUUCAGCUCGGAUUUUGCUGAUAUUACAACAGAGUUGAAACAAUCGGUUUAUUUCCAGAACUAGUAAAUUGUAUUUUCGUAGUAUUACUAUUUUGAACUUUUAACCCAUAAUCUAACUUGUAGAUUAUUAAGUAUUAUGAACGUUAGUCGUCGCAAUAAAAAGGAACAAAUAUUUACAGAUUUAGAAACAUAUGUACAUACAUAGG